AUGCCAUUUGGGGGGGACAGUAGAACACCCUUUGUGGAACUGCCAGCAUCCCCUGGAGUAGAAAACCUUGGCGACUGCAGCACCCAGACGUCCUGGAUUCUGGCCCAAGCCUACACCAUGCUGUCCCCCAGCCAGUCAGGCCCACCUACAGGUUCAAAAGUUUCCACUCAACCACCAGGCCCGGGCUGCGGGAUGCUCUCAGCUGUCAGCCCCAACUCUCAGCUGUUUCCAAGUCUGCUUCUUUGUGACAACACUCACACCCUCAGUCAGAGAUCAUUAGAGGGAUUGUUCCAGAAUGGGAAAAUCAUCACGGUGUCCAGCCUGUCCAGUCAGACAAGUUCCCAGCCUGCUGCCCAGCCAUGGAAGCCCACUGCCUGGGGCUUGCUUUUUCUUCUUGAAGAGCAUGACUGUGGGAAGCAGUUCAGGAAUCAGACAAACACAGGAACCCCUGUCUCCACCCCCACUAUUACUUUGUGGCUGUGUGACCCAAACAAUCAGCUGAACCUCUCUGAAUCCAUUGCCCCAUCUAGAUGCCCCCUUUGUCCUUUUCUUGCUCUGUCCCCAGCUUCUAGGGCUCAGGCUCAGAUUCCAGAAUCUCAGGCCCCCUUGGAUUUUUGUCUCACUGUGCACACCUGCUCCAGGGGUCUCUCCUGUGGGGCCUCUGCCAAACAGAGGCAGAAGAGCAGAGCGCCUAUAAACUCCAACAUGGCUGCGGCAGCAUCAUCAGUCAUAUCCAUUCCUUCCAGGAAGGAAUCUGCAGGCAGAUGGGACCUGGGGGAGGACCCUACAGGUGGAGGCCCCUCGCUGCAGUUGCAGUGUCGUGUAUGCGGGGACAGCAGUAGUGGGAAACACUACGGAGUCUAUGCCUGCAACGGCUGCAGUGGCUUUUUCAAGAGGAGCGUGAGGCGGAGGUUGGUGUACAGGUGCCAGGUGGGUGCUGGGCUCUGCCCUGUGGACAAGGCCCACCGGAACCAGUGCCAGGCCUGCCGGCUGAAGAAGUGUCUGCAGGCGGGCAUGAACCAGGAUGCCGUGCAGAACGAGCGCCAGCCCCGCAGUGUCAACCAGAUCCACCAGGGCAACCCAGAAGUAGUCUCAGGUCGGGAGCUCCUGCUGAUGUCCCCAGACCCAGCGGUCCCCAGUCCUCUGGGCGCUCCCCCUGUUUCUGCAGCCAGAGUCCUGAGGCCUGGAGCACUGACACCAUCUGGUCAGCGCCAUUUCAUGGCCAGCCUGAUUUCAGCAGAAACUGGUAUGAAGCUGGAGCCAGAAGAUGCUGAUGAGAAUAUUGAUGUCACCAGCAAUGACCCUGAGUUCCCCACUUCCCCCUGCGGCCUGGACAGCACCCACGAGACUUCUGCUCGGCUGCUCUUCAUGGCCGUCAAGUGGGCCAAAAGCCUGCCUGUGUUCUCCAGCCUGCCCUUCAGGGACCAGGUCAUCCUGCUGGAGGAGGCAUGGAGUGAACUCUUCCUCCUUGCUGUGAUCCAGUGGUCUCUGCCUCUGGACAGCUGUCCCCUCCUUGGCCCUCCACAGGCCUCAGCUGCUGGCAGCUCCCAAGGCCAACUGGGGCUGGUCAGCACAGAUGCCCGCACCCUGCAGGAAAUCAUCUUCCGCUUUCGGGUGCUAGCUGUGGACCCCACCGAGUUCGCCUGCAUGAAGGCCCUGGUCCUCUUCAAACCAGAAACACAGGGCCUGAAGAAUUCUGAGCAUGUGGAGGCUUUACAGGACCAGUCCCUGGUGAUGCUAAACCAGCACAGCAAGGCACAUCAUCCCAGCCAGACUGUCAGGUUUGGAAAAUUGCUCCUACUCCUCCCAUCUUUGAGAUUUAUCACGUCUGAACGCAUCGAGCUCCUCUUCUUCCGCAAGACCAUAGGAAAUACCCCAAUGGAGAAGCUCCUUUGUGAGAUAUUCAAAAACUAA